AUGACAGUGGCCCAUGAAACCAUUCCCGGUACGGAGGUCUACGGACCCGGCACUUUCAUCGACAAGACUGUACUUCCAGUGCCUGUAGACGCUCGUCGGGUGUUUGAGCUUCUCGCCUCUCGAACCCCUGGGUUUACCCAGAACAAAGCAGUAUGGGAUACCGUCCACUUCGAAGGACGACCUGAGCCUAUGGUUCAAGGUCCGAUCAAAUCACCCGUCAUGGCAGCUGCGCUUCAUGCCAUGGGAGGAGUAGUGGCUAAUGAGCUUCUUGAACUGCGUGAUGGAAAGCCCGCGACGGAGAAUAGUGUGACAGUCAAUACCGACCAUGCAGGCAUCUGGCUCGGGUCUGUGUUCACCACGUACAUCAAUGGUUCCGAUGAUCCCAAAGUGUGGUAUCAGCUUCAUGGUUCACUCGACGCAAACGCUGCUCUUCGGACAAUGGGAAUCAACCCUGAUGUGACUUUCAGCACACCCCAACAAUACUAUGACUAUAUCCAAGGGCAUAUCAUCAAGUGGUCGCCCGAUGAGCUUGAAAUGCACAACGUGCGCCAUGGUUUGUGUGGAAGCAUCUGCUACUCUCCGGAGGGCUGGAGGAAGACGGAGUUUGGUAAACGCCUUUCCAGACACCCCUUGGUCAAUGUGACGGCGGAGACAUAUGCAAAGCCUACGCCUCCAAUCCCUCUAGUCAAGGGUCUGUCUGACAAGCGGCCACUUGCUGGAAUCAAGGUCCUUGAGAUGGUUCGUAUCAUUGCUGGACCGCAGAUUGGCGUUACCUUGGCAUCCUACGGGGCGGACGUGAUCCGUGUUAAUUGUAGCAGACUGGUGGACCUUAAUGUCCUCCAGCUCACACUGAAUGCGGGAAAGCGGACUAUUGACCUCGACAUCACCAAGCCGAAAGACAUGGAACGACUGCAAGAACUCCUUGCAGAUGUUGAUAUUUUCAUCCAAGGGUUCAGAAUGGGUUCCCUAGAGCGGAAAGGACUAGGGCUCCGCAACAUGCUGGAGAUAGCAGCUAAAAGGAACAAGGGAAUCAUCUAUGUCGACGAGAACUGUUACGGUCCAGAUGGCCCGUUCCAUGAGCGUCCUGGGUGGCAGCAGAUUGGAGAUGCGGCAUCUGGAAGCGAAUAUGUGAUGGGUCGAUCACAAGGCUAUGAGGAAGGAAAGAGUGUAUUGCCACCACUCCCUGUGUCUGAUAUGAUAACGGGCAUUGUCGGUGCGGUUGGCGCCCUGAUUGCGGUAAAGAGACGGGCAGUUGAAGGCGGCUCAUAUCACAUCACUAGCUCUUUGGUUGCUGCUGAUGCAGUUGCACUGGAGAAGGAAGUAGGGUUAUACCCCCUUGAGGUGGUACGAGACACAGUCGAGCGAUUUGGGUUCAAGGAGAUUACUCCUGAUCAAUACGUUUCCGAAGUCCUGAUCCCAGUCAUUGACGGUUGGAAAAGAGGAUUGCCUCAUGAUUUGGACGAGGACUCGAGGUUCAUGACGACAUUCAAGGAGCCAGGACCAUGGGGCCGCCAGACUCUCUUGAAACCCGUUGCAAAAUUGGGUCUUGAGGAGGCGACGCCAAGAUUGACUUCUCCUCCUGUCCCGCACUGCCAUCAUGGUAGGUAUAUCAGUUGGCUUUGA